AUGGCAAACGGUCUACGCAAUGCGAACAAGCCCCGUCAUCAUCACCACCAAGUCUUCCCCAUGGCUGGUAUCGGGGCGAGACCGGAUCUGAAUAACCAUCCCCGCGAUGCAGUGCCCAAUGUACCCUUGGUCGUGAAGGAUUCGAUGUCUGGCUUCAAGGGAAUGCUCCGCAGCACACAGAAGUACAUGGCCAGGAUCUAG